CUUUAAGCAUAUGUGCUUCGAGUAUUCUUAUAUAAAAACAUACGAAGAUCAAUGUUUGUUGAAUGGCUCACCGUAUACGGAAAUACUGUGAAUAUAACCUAAGUGGUUAAUCAGUAUUUUAUAAUUUCAUAAGAUUUACAUUAUAAUUUAUAUUUACAAUAAAACACAAAAAGAAAAUAAAGGAAUAAAAAAGGAUGUCAGAUACAGAAGAUUAUAUGUCAGAUAAAUUUUUACAAGGAAUUGAAAAACCUGCUUCAUCAAGCCUCAUAUAUCGACAUGCAGAUAAAAGAAAAUUCGAACUCAUGAAAAAGAAAACUGAGAUUGAGGCCAAACUAAAUGAGAAAAACUCCAUAAAACAUAUUGAGGAAGAAAAAAGAGAAGCAGGUUUAUCCUCUGCAAUUACAAGUUCUAAUAAAGGUUAUGAAAUGAUUAUGAAAAUGGGAUAUAAACCUGGUCACGGAAUAGGUAAAACAGAAUCAGGAAGGACUGAACCAAUUGGUCUUGAAAUAAAAUUAGACAGACAAGGUUUAGGGAAAGAAAUUAUAAAAAAAGAAAGAAAAAGAAAAGAUAAUUUACUUAAUGAUAGAUUAGAUAAUAAGAGUAUGAAAGAUUUUCGAGAUAGAAUUGCACAAAAAAGGACAGAACAAUUAUUAAAAACAGACUUGUAUAAAAGCCAAAAAAUUUGUCAGAAAUUAGAUAUGCAACAAGAAAUAGAAAAACCUAAGGAAAUAUGGUUUUGGUUGCCUCAAGAUAAUGAAGAUGAUACAGAUAAUAGUGAUACAGAGGAGGAUGAUGAUUCUUUAUCUGUGGAUGAAAAACUUGAAAUUUUAACUAAGUAUUUAAGAGAAAAAUAUUUUUAUUGUAUCUGGUGUGGAGUAGCCUUUCUGGAUGAAGAUGAUUUAAGAGAUAAUUGUCCAGGAAGUACAAGGAAUGAUCACUAAAUCAGAAUUUUUAAUUUGUAUCUCAUUUCAAUUAGAAGUGUAUAUAAAUAAAAAAAAGAUACAAUCAA